UUAUCAAGUUUCCAAGGUGUAUACAAAUGGCUUGGUCUGACUCUGUAGACAAGAGUUUAUCUUUUUUUAAUGCACCAACUGCUCUUCCUGGAGAACAAGAAGAAUCUAAGUGGAACUACACUUACAAUCAUGAUUAUCUCAUUGGGAAACAAUGUUACUAUAAUCCAGCAUUUGACACCAGUCAAGGAAAUGAGGAGGGUCUUUUGAGCUCUUCUCUGGCUUACCCACCAGCCCCAUUAAGCUUAACGCUGAACAAUAUUAGUGGGAUGAUGAAUAUUGCUGGAAAUUUUGAUGUUCAGGGCUGCUUUUCCUCAGGAUUUGGGAGUGUGGAGGCUUCUUCUUGGAUUAAUGGUGAUGAGCAGAGACAGAAAAUAUUUGGUGAUGUGGGUGAAUUGGUUACAAUGAAUGGAGGAAAAUCUGCAGAUGGUAGGAAUGAGAAGCAGCACUGUGUCUUUAAUGACGUUGGUUUUGAAAGGAGAACUAAUAGUUCUGAUAUGGGUAAAGUUGGUGUUGGUAACAGCAAAGGGAAGAAGAAUCACAACUGUUUUUCUGCUAAGAAUCUCAUGGCAGAGAGGAGGAGGAGGAAGAAGUUGAAUGAUCGUCUCUCCAUGCUUCCAGUGGUGCCCAAGAUCUCCAAGAUGGACAGGGCCUCAAUUUUGGGAGAUGCUGUUGGAUACAUGAAUGAGCUUCUUCAACGUAUUAAUGAACUGCAAAAUAGCUCAUUCAAUCUUCAGAGGCUCCUUAUCUGCCUGGUUCCUCAAUGUCCCAUCGCUUCACACCUAUACACCCUGCUUCUCUCUGUGAAGAUAAGAAAGACUCAUCUUUCACUGCCUAAUCCGGACACAAAACCAGUAAAGGUGGAAGUGAGUAAAAGAGAAAGUAAGAUUCACAUGUUCUGUUCCAGAAAGCCUGGUUUGCUUCUGUCUACAAUGCAAACACUACAUGUACUUGGUCUUGAUGUCAACCAAGCUGUUAUAAGCUGCUUCGAUGGAUUUUCCGUCGAUGUUUUUCAAGCAGAGCAAUCAAUGGGGAAUGACAUUCCAGCUGAAGAGAUAAAAAAACUUCUGCUCCACAGCGCAAGUUAA